AUGUUGAUCCAGUCAACUUUAAAAAGAAUCAGGCUUCCAGUUUCUUUUCAUACAUCAGUAGUUAAGUUUGGAAGUUCGGUGAGACAAGGUCUCAUUUUGCAGUCUGUGUCCAACAAUGUAUAUGAGAACUUGGCUGUAGAAGAUUGGAUUCAUGAUCAUAUGAACUUAGAAGAGAAGAACGUUUUGUUUCUGUGGAGGAAUUCACCAACAGUGGUUAUUGGCCGUCACCAAAAUCCAUGGAAAGAAUGCAACCUCCAUUUGAUGAGAGAAAAAGGAAUUGGCCUGGCAAGGAGAAGAAGUGGCGGUGGGACAGUGUUUCAUGAUCUGGGCAAUGUUAAUCUAACUUUUUUUACCUCAAAGAAAAAGUAUGAUCGAAUGGAAAAUUUAAACUUGGUUAUUAGAGCUCUUAAAGAACUGGAACCAUUUUUGAAUGUCCAAGCAACACAAAGAUAUGACCUGCUCUUAGACGGCAAAUAUAAAAUUUCAGGGACUGCAUCUAAGCUUGGAAGGACUGUUGCCUAUCACCACUGUACCUUGCUGUGUGAUGCAGACAGUUCUAUCCUACCAUUAGUGUUGCAAAGUCCAUACACAGGCAUACAGAGUAAUGCCACACCUAGUGUUCCUUCACUGGUUCAAAACCUGUCCCAAGCUCAUUCGUCUUUGACAUGUGAAACUGUCAUGGAUGCGGUGGCCAAAGAAUACAGUUUCGAGUAUGAUAACAAGCCUCAUGUCCAAGUAGUUGACCCAACUGAUGAGACAAUCUUUCCUGGCAUAUCUCAAAAGAAACAGGAUUUGUGCACUUGGGAGUGGAUUUAUGGAAAAACACCAAAGUUUGACAUUGUGACUUCCUUUCAGAUUUUUCAUGAGGAUUCGGUUAUAGAUGUGAAAUUAACGAUGGCUAUAAAAAAUGGUUGUAUAGAGAGCUGUUCUAUUGUAUUGCCAUACCAGUGGCUUUCUAAAGGACAGUGUGAUGAGCUGCAAAAUAUUUUGGUGGGCAGCAAAUUUUGCUCAAGUGAAACUGUAUUUUUAGUGAGCACUUUGAUCAGAACUUCUCCACAAGACUAUGAAGUUCAAACAAAGUGGAAUAUUUUAUGUGAGAAGUUGAUAUCCAUAAUGUGA